ACUCAGAUUAAGUCUGAGGCCAGUAACAUCAACAGUGAGCACAAACCCAGCCUGCCUCUCUCCUUCCACACUGAGUAGAAACCUACAGUCACUGGGUCCUGAUUGUGACAGUGGAGCCCAGUUUGCACCGCAGGAUCCAGAGAUGGCAUCAGUGAAGCUGGAGGACUGCAGUCAAACACUAGAGCUGAAUGUCAACAUUAAAGAUGAAGAAGAGCAGGAGAAGAUUAGGACAACUGUUAGUCAUGGAUACCAUGUUGAGACAUUCUCUACAUCCAGAGAGCAACAGCAGGAAGAUCAGAGAGCUAAGAGGUCUCAUCACUGCCCACACUGUGAAGAGAUUUUCCCAUUUCUAUCAAAGCUAAAAAUACACCUAAAAAUACACACAGGAGAGAGGCCUUACUCCUGCUCUGACUGUGGAAAAUGCUUCAAAACAUCAACUGAGCUAAAAGUUCAUCAGAGAACACACACAGGAGAGAAGCCUUAUUACUGCUCUGACUGUGGAAAAUGUUUUAAAACAUACUCUCAGCUAAAGGUUCAUCAGAGAACACACACAGGAGAGAAGCCUUUCUUCUGCUCUGACUGUGGAAUUAGUUUCUCUCAACUUUCCAACUUAAAAUCACAUGAACGUAUACAUACAGGGGAGAAGCCAUACUCCUGCUCUGACUGUGGGAAAUGUUUUAAAACAUUAUAUGAGCUAAAAGUUCAUCAGAGAACACACACAGGAGAGAAGCCUUUCUUCUGCUCUGACUGUGGGGCGAGUUUCUCUCAUCUGGGCACCUUAAAAACACACCAACUUAUACACACCGGAGAGAAGGCUUACGUCUGCUCUGACUGUGGAAAACGCUUCAAAACAUCAACUGAGCUAAAAGUUCAUCAGAAGACUCACACAGGAGAGAAGCCUUACGUCUGCUCUGACUGUGGAAAAUGCUUCAAAACAUCAACUGAGCUAAAAGUUCAUCAGAGAACACACACAGGAGAGAAGCCGUAUUACUGCUCUGACUGUGGAACUAGUUUCUCAAAAUUUUCCCACUUAAAAACACAUGAACGUAUACAUACAGGAGACAAGCCUUUCUUCUGCUCUGACUGUGGGGCGAGUUUCUCUCGUCUGGGAACCUUAAAAACACACCAACUUAUACACACAGGAGCGAAGCCUUAUUCCUGCUCUGACUGUGGAAAAUGUUUUAAAAAAUCAAAUGAACUAAAAGUUCAUCAGAGAACACACACAGGAGAGAAGCCUUUCUUCUGCGCUGACUGUGGAACUUGUUUCUCUCAACUUUCCCACUUAAAGUCACAUGAACGUAUACAUACAGGGGAGAAGCCAUUCUCCUGCUCUGACUGUGGAAAAUGCUUCACAACAUCAACUCAUCUAAAAGUUCAUCAGAGAACACACACAGGAGAGAAGCCUUAUUACUGCUCUGACUGUGGAAAAAAAUUUAAAACAUCAAAUGAGCUGAAAAUUCAUCAGAGGACUCACACAGGAGAGAAGCCUUUCUUCUGCUCUGACUGUGGGGCAAGUUUCUCUCAUCUGGGCACCUUAAAAACACACCAACUUAUACACACCGGAGAGAAGCCUUACGUCUGCUCUGACUGUGGAAAACGUUUUAAAACAUCAACUCAGCUAAAAGUUCAUCAGAUGACUCACACAGGAGAGAAGCCUUACGUCUGCUCUGACUGUGGAAAAUGCUUCAAAACAUCCACUGAGCUAAAAGUUCAUCAGAGAACACACACAGGAGAGAAGCCGUAUUACUGCUCUGACUGUGGAACUAGUUUCUCAAAAUUUUCCCACUUAAAAACACAUUAACGUAUACAUACAGGAGAGAAGCCAUACUCCUGCUCUGACUGUGGGGCGAGUUUCUCUCGUCUGGGCACCUUAAAAACACACCAACGUAUACACACAGGAGAGAAGCCUUACGUCUGCUCUGACUGUGGAAAACGUUUUAAAACAUCAACUCAGCUAAAAGUUCAUCAGAGAACACACACAGGAGAGAAGCCUUUCUUAUGCCCUGACUGUGGAACUAGUUUCUCUCAACUUUUCAACUUAAAAUCACAUGAACGUAUACAUACAGGGAAGAAGCCAUACUCCUGCUUUGACCUUGGAAAAUGUUUUAAAACAUCAAAUGAGCUAAAAGUUCACCAGAGAACACAUACAGGAGAAAAGCCCUUCCUCCUGUUCUGACUGUGGGUGAGUUUCUCUCGACUGGAUACCUUAAAAAGACCAACAUAUACAUGAAGGAGAGAAGCCAUACUCCUCCUCUGCCUGUGUAAAAUGCUUCAAAACAGCAACUGAGCUAAAAGUUGAUCAGAGAACACGCGCAUGAGAGAAGCCUGCUUACGUCUUCUCUGACUUUUGGGUGAGUUUCUCUCACCAUAGCAACUUAACACACCAAUGUAUACACACAGGGGAGAAGCCUUACUCCUGCUCUGUGGAGGGGUGCGCAUGUAAGUCAAACAUCUAGCCAAAGGCUGCGUGUUUGAAUCUCAUCAAGGAGGACUUUAGCAUUUUAGCUAAUUAGCAACUUUGCAACUUCUUACUACUUUUUAGCUAUGUUAGCAUGUUAGCUUAGCAUGCAACUACUUAGCAUGUUAGCUAACCUUUCCCCUAAACCCAUUUAACUCUACCUUAAACCCCUCACCCCUAACCUAGCUAACGUUAGCAACAACAAAUUGGAAUUCGUAACAUAUCAUACAUAUUACAAGUUCGUAACAUAUUGUAUGAAUAGCAAUGCGUAAAAUAACAUACGAAUUGUAAUUCAUAACAUACGAUACGUCCUACAAGUCGUAUUAUACUGAACAACAAUCUAAACGCAACAAUUUCAAAGAUGUACAGUUUGUAUAAGGAAAUCAGUCAAUUGUAAUAAAUGAGGCCCUAAUCUAUGGAUUUCACAUGACUGGGCAGGGGCUCAGGCAUGGGUGGGACUUGGGAGGGCAUAAGCCCACUUGGGAGCCAGGCCCAGCCAAUCAGCAUGAGUUUUUCCCCACAAAAGGUCUUUAUUACAGACAGAAAUACUACUCAGCCCCCUCCCAGACAAUCCUGCAGGUGAAGAGGUCCUGGGCUGUCGUGGUUACAUGUGAUCUGCAGUUGUGAGGCCGGUUGGAUGUACUGGCAAAUUCUCUAAAAGGACGUUAGA